AUGCUAACCACGGGCGUGAAGGGAGCCCUCUGGCUUGCCUUCGCCUCGGUGGCUGCCGCGCUGGGCCAGCAGAGUAUCAUCUCUACCAAGGGCCAUGGAGCUGAGUUACAAAUUGCCGGCGGCCCUGUUGGGAAGGGUCAAAUUCUGGUGUCGAAGGAUGACUACUGGGGCGUCAUCCGCGCGGCUGGUGACCUCGCCGUCGACUUUGGGCGCGUCACAGGCACCAACUACACGCUCAGCAAUGGCGAGAAGAAGGCGGCGGCGGCGUCGUACGAGUACAAGCCGUUCUCCACCACCGGAACCGCCAGCUUCGCAGGCCCGGCGUACUCAGACCCUUCGCCAGGAAGCGUUGUCAUCAUCGCCGGCACCAUUGGCCAUUCGACGGUCAUUGACAAGCUCAUCUCGUCCAAGUCCAUCGAUGUGUCGGGCGUCAAGGGCAAGUGGGAGUCCUUCACCAGCCAGGUGGUCAAGAACCCGGUGCCGGGGUGCAAGAAGGCGUUGGUUAUCGCGGGCAGCGAUCCCCGCGGGACCAUCUUCGGCAUCUACGACAUCAGCGAGCAGAUUGGCGUCAGCCCGUGGUACUUCUGGGCCGACAGCCCGCCGAAGCAGAGCAAGAACCUCUACGUUACCGACAAGAAGAAGGUCCAGGGCCCACCGUCGGUCAAGUACCGUGGUUUCUUCUUGAACGAUGAACAGCCGGCGUUAACCAGCUGGGUUGCUUCCCACUGGGAAGAUACCCCCUACGGCGCCGGCUACGGACCCGCGUUCUACAGCCUCAUCUUUGAGUUGCUGUUGCGUCUCCGUGCCAACUACCUGUGGACCCACCGUCUGGGCGACCAUGUUCGAGGUCUCGGUGUCGACCACAUCGUGGAGAUGCUGCCCGCCUUGGUCAAGAGCCAGCGCGAGAUCCUCGUCGAGGGCCUCAACAUCACCGACAUCGCGACCGUCCCCCAGACGUGGUGUCUCUACAAGGAGGUCAUGUCUUACCUGUUCGCGGGCCUGCAGGUGCCCGACGACGUGACGCUGCUCUGGGCCGACGACAACUGGGGCAACGUGCGGCGGCUGCCGCUGCUCAACGAGACGGACCGCGUCGGCGGCGCGGGCAUCUACUACCACUUCGACUACGUCGGCGGCCCCCGCAACUACAAGUGGAUCAACACGAUCCAGCUGAGCAAGACGGCCGAGCAGAUGCACAUGGCGUACGCCCGCGGCGCCGACCGCAUCUGGGUCGUCAACGUCGGCGACAUGAAGUCGCUCGAGAUCCCAAUCAGCCACUUCCUCGACCUCGGCUACGACGCCAAGCGCUGGCAUGUUGAUAGCACCCUGGAGUGGGCGCAGGCCUGGGCCACGCGCGAGUUUGGGUCGGCUCAUGCCAAAGAGAUUGCUGAGGUCAUGAUGGACUACGGCAUGUACGCGGCCCGCCGCAAGUAUGAGUUAAUGGAGCCGCAUGUGUACUCCGUCAUCAACUACAACGAGGCUGAGACCGUGCUGCAGGAGUGGGCGGAGCUGGUGGCUAAGGCUCAGGGUAUCUAUGAUAAGCUGCCGGCGGAGACGCAGGCUGCCUUUUUUGAGACCGUCCUGCACCCUGCGAUGGCGGGUGAGAUCGUUCAGAAGAUCAACAUCGGCGGUGCGAGGAACAUGUUGUAUGCUGGCCAGAGGCGCAAUGCCGCCAACACGGUGAUUCAGGAGGUUCUCGCCUACUCGUCGGCUGAUGUCAACCUCACUCGCCGCUGGGAUGCUCUGCUCGAUGGCAAGUGGAAGCACUUUAUGGAUCAAACGCAUCUCGGGUAUGACGGCUACUGGCAACAGCCCAUGCGCAACGCCCUCCCCGCGAUGGUCCACGUCCAGACCGACUUUGUCGCCUUGGCCGGCGAGAUCGGCGUCGGCGUCGAAGGGUCCAACGCGACGGUCCAGGGCGACGACAGAUGGCACGGCAACAGCGGCAACGACCUGACGCUACCGCCCAUGGACCCUUACGGCCCCAAAACCCGCUACUUCGACGUCUUUGCCCGCGGCGUCGAGGACUGCACCUGGAACGCCGCGGCCUCCCAGCCCUGGGUCAAGCUCUCCAAGACCACCGGCAAAGUCGGCGUCAACCACCCGGACACGCGCGUCCUCGUCUCCGUCGACUGGAAAUCCGCUCCCAAAGCCCCCUUCGCCGAAACGGUCAAAAUCAACAUCACCACCCCCUGCAUCGGCAUGAACCGCUUCGGCUUCGACGACCCGCACGUCCUCCUCCCCAUCCAAUCCCGUGCCCUCCCGUCCUCCUUCAAAAAAGGCUACGUCGAGUCCGACAAGCACGUCUCCUUCCCGGGGUCCGCCUUCUCGCGCACCCUCCCCCCGGCGCAAUCCACCCCGCAAAACAAGCACCUCCAAUACCACACCUUCACCCACUACGGCCGCACCGGCACCGCCGUCGGCCUCCUCCCGCUGCACGCAGAAAAACUCACCCUCGCCACCGCCCCCGCCCUCGAAUACGACCUCUACCUCUUCACCAACCACACCGCCGCCAACGUCACCCUCCACCUCUCCCCGGCCCUCAACUACCUCGGCGACGCCACCCCGCUCGAGUACGCCAUCGCCCUCGUCCCUGCCUCCGAAAGCACCACUACCACCGACGAGAAGACGGUGCAGCACGUCCGCCCCGUGGGCGCCACCAAGGGCGGCGAUAUGCCGGCCGGGUGGGACGGGGCGGUGGCGGAUGGCGUGUGGGGGCGCACGGGGAGGUACACGACGAGUAGCUUUGCCGUGCCGAAGGAGGGGGCGUAUAAGUUGAGGGUGUGGGCGCUGAUGCCGGGGGUGGUGGUGCAGAAGGUGGUGGUGGAUUUGGGAGGGGUGAGGGCGAGUUAUUUGGGGCCGCCGGAGAGUUUUUUGGGUGGGGGGGAGGAAGUGAGGGAGUGA